AUGUCUUCAAGCCCCGAUCUCAAGCGCAAGCUGGCAGAAUCUCGCAUGGAUCCUACGGCUAAGCGCCAUCUGCAUGGAUGUGAUCCGCGGUCCCCAUGGCUACACGAGUCCGAACCUGCCGGGAUAUGGCGGACACGAGGAAAUCCCGGUGUGCAUCACUCGAUGCCUUUGUCGAAUAUGGUAUCCGCCGUACAAGUCCUGAUAGACCCGGACUUUGAUCCACUGACGGCGAUGCUGGACGACGAGCCCCAGUUUUUAAAACCCCUGCCUGCUCGUAUCGCCCCGGAGGACUUGGAGUUCUUGAGAUUCCGUGGUGCCCUCUCACUUCCAGAGAGUGGGCUGCGAGAUGAGCUUCUUCGUUGCUACAUUCAAUGGGUGCACAGUUUCAUGCCAGUUUUGAACUUGCAAGAAUUCUUGCGAUGUGUGGCCGAAAAUGACCCAGAGGGAAAUGUUAGCAUCCUACUCUUUCAGGCGGUCAUGUUUGUUGGUACAGCUUUUGUCGACCUCAAGCAUCUACAGGAUGCCGGGUAUCCAACAAGAAAAAGUGCGCGAAAUGCGUUCUUUACUCGAAUAAGGUUACUCUAUUCUCUCGACUGCGAAGAGGACCGCAUUGAGAUUCUCCAAACACUGCUAUUGAUGACCUACUGGGCUGAUUCGGAGAACAGUCCACAUCGAGAUAUUUGGGAUUGGAUUGGAGUCUGCAACACACAAGCACAGUCUAUCGGUUUAAACAAAGACCCUGCAUCAGGUGAAAUCGAUAUACGGACCCGAAGACUCCGUUCUCGACUCUGGUGGUGUCUAUACUCUCGAGAUCGGCUGAUCGCCAUGGGUAUGCGGCGCCCCCUUCAGGUUAACGAUGGAACGAGCAGUGUUCCGAUGCUCAGACUGGACGAUUUCGAUUUUGAACCUUUCUCUCCAUACGUAGUGGCCAAGUUCAAUUGCCGCCAACUCCAAGAUGUGUCACAUCAAAAACGACUCGCCACCAUGUUCAUCGAAAAAGUGAAGCUUUGUCAAUGUAUUGGUAGAGUAUUAUUCGCGCAAUAUACACCAUCCCAACGCCAAUUUGGAGCUACGAACCGCACUACAGUCACAAUUAUCCCUCGACAGGCUUCCGACUCUGAGUUUGCGCGAUGCGGUCAGAAACUCGACUCGUGGCUCAGUGCACUCCCGAAAGAUGCACAAUUUAUCCCAAAAUCGGGAAAGAAUUUCCACGAUGGGGAGGACGUGCUGCUGCUUCAUGGUGCAAUGCUACGUAUGCUCUACCAUGCUACCAGCAGCGCACUUCACCGGCCUUGGGCGACUGCUUCAAAAGGUCAAUCCAAAUCGCGGACGGACUGGCGCAAUGCUGCGCGUACAAAAAUGAAUGAUGCUGCUGCGGGGAUCACACAUAUUAUUCAGGGCUUAAAUAAGCUCAACCUGACACGGUUCUUACCGCAGUCUGGAGUGACUGUGAUUCUACCUGCCGCUGUGGCACAUUUAACCAACACCAUGUCUGACGACCCAGCUGUCCGCGAAAGCAGUGUCGACAACUUCCAUCGAUGUAUCCAAGUUCUCCACUGUCUUAAGGAUAUUUACCCAGCCGCCGGUCAAGAGUUUGCCAAUCUCGAGGCCGCCAUCAAAAUGCAGGCAGGUGCCUCCAGUACAUUUUUCCAGGUCAUGGAAUACAACAUCGACGCUCCUGCUACAUCUUUGGCGACCAGGAAGCCAAGCACUGCCUCCACUCCUCAACCCCAACCACAUCCCCCUGUUACUGCAGCCGAAACUUCCAAGCUCCGAGCACAACCCUCAUCUGUCCAAGAGAACAUGCAUCAAAAAAGCCCCAGCAUGGAAACCAGACAUGAGACCGCGCCACCUUUAUUCCCCAAUGAUUUUAACCCUUAUUCCGACCCCAACAUCAUAGACAACAAUCCUUUCAACUUUCUCUCCAUCGACAUUGACUCCUUCCCAGACACCCAAACCCCUACCAAUCAAAAUAACCCCAACUACCCAGAUAAACCCUAUAUAUCACCUCCACCCCAAGACCAAGACACCAUCGACUGGGCACAAGAGCUGUUCCAAGACACCGAUGUCAAUCAUUACAGUAACACAGAAAUGUUUGGCAAGCCCCACAAGACAACUCCUCCCCAAGAUCAAGAGCAAAGCCAUCUCGAUCCGUUCUCUUUUACUUUGUGUGAUACAGAUGAUGUUCACUCCGUGCAUUCUCGUCAUCAGUCAAUGAACGAUGCAAGGCCGGAGAUUACUGGCGAUCUAGAUCGGGACUUGGGAUUCCAGUCUGGGGAUGAUAUGUACUAG